AAUUCGUUUGUUUUUAUUUGUCAUUUUGAUUGUAGCUCAAUGAAUUACAAUUUUUCUAGAUUUUCAAAAUAAAACUAAUGGGGAAUAUUUGGAUAAUAAUGGGCUUUCUCAUCAAACUAAUAAGUAUAGCUGUCGCUGAUGAUUUCAUUCCGAUGAGCUAUCCGGAGGGUUUGGCCUUCGACGAGACCACAGUCCCAAUACCAAUAAAGCAAGUGAAGCACAUAUUAAUGGCAAUUGUAGGAGAGUCCGCUUCAGCGGGCGCAGAAUUUUAUGCAGUGAGUAUCAAAAACGUUUUCAAAAUGCCGAAGUUAGCACUUGUGGUGACAGCGAAACUCAAUACCACGGCGGACUACUCAGUGCUGGGCACUAUAGUGAAAUACACCGUUGAGGGUCGUAUUCCAGGCACAACACUGAGAAAUAUAUUAAAUUUUGAAAAGUCUUCAACAAAUCUGGAAUUUUAUAAAACAUCCAAGAACAUGGAAUUUGAAUAUUUGAAGAAAAUGUUGACUGCAGACAGAGCGCCCGGAGUCGCAGAGAUGGUGCCCGAGCUGCAAAAUCUUUUAACCACAGACGUUAUUGAGAAGCUAGGAGUCGACAUAAAAGUGAAGAAUUUUGUAGGCUUACACUUCUGGAACAAAAAAACUGCGUUGGACUUUUCGAAGCUGAGUGAUGUGUUUGCAAAACUUAAAGAUUUGUGGAAGGAUAAUUUCUUUUGCAUUCUGACUUACGGCCCAGACUUGGAGGCAUUGGAAGCGGUUGGUCAGAAUGUUAGCACUAUAAUAACAGUCGAUCCAAUGGAUCAUAAACAUUACAACAUUCCACCACGCUAUGACGAAAAUUAUGCAAUUAUAUUCAAUAUUAUUCUUUGGUUCAUGGUUGCUUUCAGUUUAUCUAUAUAUGCUAUUAUUUUGGCUUUGAUGAAUAUGGAUCCCGGAAGGAACUCGAUAAUCUAUCGAAUGACCGCAACGCGUUCAAAGAAAGACAUAUAAGUAUAGCAACAAUGAGAAUUUUGUUCAGUUAAAAAACCUUUUUUUUACAUACUGUGUAACAUUUUUGCUUCAAAUAUACGAAAAACUAUAAUAAGGUAGCACUAGUUUCCUCUUAGGUACCUUGCUCUCCAUAUUAGGGUAACUUAUUUUGGCUUAAACCGCCAAAAUCCUUGCUAAGAAAAAUGCAUAAAUUAAAACUUAAGAAAAAACUGC